GGUAGUAGACAGCCGGCUACUUUGUUCGGGAUUACUGUCGAAUACAUAUUUUAUUUACUAAUAUUACAUUAACAAUGGAGGAAAUACUACUGAAGUUACUCAUAGCCGAUAACACAUCGAUACAACAGGGAACAGCAGAACUUAGAGAGGCUUUUAAAAAACCAGAAAGUACACCAGCAUUAUGUCAACUUAUAGUAUCAUCAACAAAUUCCCAGAUAAGGCAAUAUGCAGCUGUAUUACUUAGAAAGCGUUAUGGCAAAGGAAAACAUUGGCAGAAAUUGCAACAACCUGUACGCAAUGAAUUUAAGGCAGUAAUUUUACAGGCACUAGUAAAUGAACCAGAAAAGUUUGUAAAAAAUGCAAUUGCACAAUUAAUAGGUGUAAUUGUAAAACAUGAAUUGCCUUAUAAUGGAUGGCCAGAAGUUUUACAGUUUGUACAACAAUUAAUUACUAGUGAAAAUUUAAUGGAUAAAGAGUUGGGAACUUAUACUUUGUCAAUUAUGACUGAAGUUGCACCUCAUGCAUACCUUUCACAUGCUGGAUCACUUGCAAUUCUUCUUGGACAGACUUUGAACAGUUUACAAGAUUUAGGAAACCCAGUAGCAUAUUAUGUUUUACGAAUAAUGCAAAACCUUGUUCCUUUAGUUGAUGGUAAUCAGAUGAUGGUAAAUGCUUAUCACCAAAUGAUGCCUCAAGUGAUGGCCACAAUUCAGUCUCUUACUACUACUAAUGAGAACAAAGCUAUUGAAUGCUUUGAACUGUUAGAUGAAUUAUGUGAAAACGCAACUGCUGUGAUAGCACCCCAUGUCAAACCUCUUGUCAGUAUGUGCCUUGCUAUUGCUGGUAAUAAAUCACUAGAUGAUGCUCUUAGAGUUAAAGCAUUUGGUUUCAUUGGCUGGUUAGCCAGAACAAAAAAGAAAGCCAUAAUCAAACAUAAACUUGUUGAACCCAUUAUAGAUAUGUUGUUUAAUCUUAUGUCCACACGACCUGAGGACGAUAAUGAUGAAGUUUACUUUAGCGGUGAUAAUGAAGAUAAUACACCUGUAACUUGUGCUACUCAAACUUUAGAUUUACUUGCACUUCAUUUACCUCCAGAGAAAUUAAUUCCUCGAUUGUUACAAUAUAUAGAACCGAGCCUUCAAGGUACAGACAUAUAUGCGAAAAAAGCGUCAUUCCUAGCAAUGGCAGUAUUAGCAGAGGGUUGUUCGGAAUAUAUCCGUGCUAAAUAUCUCGAAUCCUUCUUACGUUGUACUUGUCAAGGGAUCACUGAUUCUAUUCCUGUUGUACGCAAUGCUGCUCUUUUUGCACUCGGACAAUUUUCCGAACAUUUACAACCAGACAUUUCCCAUUAUUCUUCCGAAUUAUUACCAGUGUUAUUUGAAUACCUUGGACAAAUAUGUGCACAUAUUAAGCAGGAAAAGAAAGAACCACCUUCGGUUGACCGUAUGUUUUAUGCAUUGGAAAUGUUCUGUGAAAAUUUGAACGAAAGUCUUUUGCCAUAUUUGCCAACUUUAAUGGAAAGACUUUUCGAAAUUUUAAAUGCGGAUACUCCAGUUCAUGUUAGAGAACUUUCUCUGAGUGCUUUAGGUUCAACUGCUAUGGCCAGCAAAGAGCACAUGUUGCCAUACUUUGAAAGAGUGGUCUCUAUUCUGAAUGGUUAUCUUUCAGAAAAACAAACAGAAGAAACCAUGUGUCUCCAAGUGCAAGCAGUUGAUACUCUUGGGGUAUUUGCAAGAACAAUAGGUGAAAAAAAUUUUGCACCUUUGGCUGGUAGGUCUCUUGAGUUUGGAAUGAAAUUGCUAAAAGAAACAGAGGAUCCAGAUUUGAAAAAGUCAGUUUACGGACUGUUUGCAUCAAUAAGUACUGUAAUGAAAAAAGAAAUGGCAGCUGUUUUGCCAGAAAUCAUCGACAAUAUGAUAUCUAGUAUACAGAGUUCAGAAGGCAUAGUGCCCCACUUUAAGGAGAAUGAAUCUUCUGCUUUUCCCGUUUAUGAAGAUCUUAGUGACAAUGAAAAUGAAAAUGAAGAGGAAGAUAUUGAAAACACAGAUAACGAAGAUGAUGACGAUGAUGACGAUGUAGCAGGUUAUAGUGUUGAAAAUGCAUACAUUGAAGAGAAAGAAGAAGCAAUUCUAGCUUUAAAAGAAAUUGCAGAGCAUACAGAAGAAGCAUUCCUACCAUACCUUGAAAAAUCCUUUGAGGAAACUUUCAAAUUAAUGAAUUAUCCACAAGAGGAUAUUCGCAAAGCUGCUAUUGACGCUCUUUUACAAUUCUGCAUUAACUUCUCAAAAAUUAAUACUAAUGAAGGAAAGCAAGCUUUGCUAAAAGCACUUUCCGUAUUUAUACCAAAAUUGUCAGAAUUGAUAAGAUUAGGUGAUGAACGAUCAGUAGCUAUUAGUGGUUUAGAUGCUUAUACAGAACUUCUGAAAGAAAUAAGGACAGAUGUUCUUAUUGGAGAAGGUCAUAAGGAGGCUAUAAUGAAUUGUAUCACUGAUGUCAUGUCAGGCAAAACUGAAUGCCAAGAUCAAGAAGAAACAGAAGACUUAGAUACUGAAGCUGAACAAGAUGAAUUGUUAAUUGAAUGUGCGGUUGAUGUAUUAUCUAAUUUCGGAAAAAUAAUUCCGCCGGAAGACUUUGCACUUUAUUUCCAAACAAUACUGCCAAUGCUUUUAGAAAGAUUGAAAAAGAACAAAUCUGAAGGUCAAAGAUCUUUCGCUGUUGGUACAAUUUCAGAAUGUUUCGCAGGACUUAAACAUACGGUAGCUGCAUUUGUACCUCAGCUUCUUCCUACACUUUUGAGACUUACGGAUGAUGAAAGUGCCGAAGUUCGUAAUAAUGUAAUAUAUGGAAUUGGUGAACUUGCAUUACACGGCAAAGAAGCAGUUUAUUCACAUUAUCCUGAUAUUUUACAAGUUUUAUCAGGUGCGAUCGCUAAGGAAUCUCACGCAGGAGCUCGCGAUAACGUAGUCGGAGCAAUUGCACGACUUAUAAUUGCCAAUUAUUCCAAUUUACCUCUUGAUCAAAUAUUCCCAGUUUUCGUUAAAGAGUUGCCAUUAGAAGAAGACUUUGAAGAAAACAAAGCAGUCUUUAAAAGUGUAUUAACAUUGUAUGAAGCUGGUCAUCCCAUUUUAAGACCGCAUAUGGAAAUAUUACUCAAAGUUGCAGUCAGUGUAUUACACGAGGGUAGAGCUACUGAUGACGAAGCGAAGAGUAUCGUUAUGGAAUUCAUAAAAUCUGCUCAGCGAGAUUUUCCAAAUGAGUGGAAUUCCAUGUAUACUGAACUUCCUGCAGAAGUUACGACAAACAUACAACGUAUAUUUUCUUAGGUCUCGAUAUGGACUUGAAAAUAACUCUACCUUUGAUUGUUUUACAAAGGAU